GAUUUGUAUUGUUUUGUUGUGUGGCGCCACUAUUACCACAUGUAUUUCGUUUUUUCUCUCUGCAACGCUGCAGCAAGUGAGUCGUUGGCUGAUGGUACUCUCCGUCCAAAGCGCGAAGACAUCGUGCCGGCUGCCGGGUCACCACGACUCACCAUCAACGCUUCGGUGACUGCCCCAGCGCUACAAAGGGGUCUCAAUAUUCCCGGCAUAUCACAGCUGUUCGCUUCACGUGUGCUUUUGUGCAUGACUCCUUCGUUUUGACAGAGUGUCGCCCCUUUUUCCUGGACUGUCAUUUUUACCGUCCCCCGGCAUCGGCAGUGGUGAUCUUCUGACACGUUGGGGGAAAAGCCGACGAACCUCCAUGUUUGUGUCGCAUUGUAGACCGAAUGUUCCUCUGUCGCUUGUUACUAUUUGCCGCAAUGUGCGUUUUGCACAUAUGAGUGGACUGAAGUCCAGAAAGAGGGGGGUCAUGAAUAACGCUACUGCGAAUGUCACUCCUCUCGGUCUGCCGGGCGAGGCGUCUUGUGCCGCCGGCAAUUUCUCAAGCGUUUCUUCUCACACGACGCCUCCUUCAAGUACACCUGGAGAAGAAACGAUGACAUCUGCAGGUCCUGCGGUAAAGACUAAGACCUCCGAUCCAGCACGUGAAUCCGAAAUGAAUCGGCAACAGGGAAGCAUUCGUCUGCUGAAAAAGCCUGUGCCGCCAUGGAAACCAGAACCGGAAGACUGCUGCGGAUCUGGCUGCAAACGAUGCAUUUUCGACAUGUACUACGAACAACUCGAAGAGUAUGAAGAAGCCCUCAAGCGAUGGGACCUCCAACAGCGCCAGCUGGGCCAAACAGGUGAUGACACAUCGUCUCCAAAAUAA